UUGUUGUACCUUACAGACAGCUCGUCAACCGCAGCUUAUCAAAGCCAGAGCGUCUGGUCCUUGUGAUGCCAGCACAUGACCUAUUGGAGCCUAUCAGUCCAAACUGCUCAGCGCCACACAUGCGCCGGCAAAACAGCGGCCAAUUCUGCCAGGGAGCUGAUUACAGGCGUUCAAGGUCUUACCAGUACGUGUACAUAGCACGCGGUAUUACCUGUCUCCCGGAGCUUUUCCCUCUGAGCUCGUCUCCCACCAAUCACAAAACAUCAUUGAUCAAAUCCUUGUUUGCUUCGCUGCACCUUCAUCCUCCAUUCCCUAAACAUCACCAACACCACCUACAUGGCCUUCCCCUGAUCGAGCUAUUGCAGCAGCACAUGGUGGAAUGAGCUCGCAGACACCGGCCUUUCAUCAUGGCUCCAGCCCCAUCUCUGUGCACGAGUUCCGGGAUGCCGUCCUGGCAACAUGUCGGCCACGAUUUCCCACGGCGUACUAUGCCCGGCCACAGCGUAUUGGCAAGUCCCUUGCCAUUAGCGGAGGCGUAGAUUCAAUGGCAAUGGCAUUUCUCUUCUCUUCCCUCCUCAAGGUUUACAAGGGCAUCAAGAUUGCUGAUAACCCUGCUGAGAGUGCUUUUGCCAUUGUUGUUGAUCAUAAACUGCGAGACGAGAGCUCCCAGGAAGCUUCUCGCGUAACCCAGGAGCUGAAGAAAAUUGGUCUCAAGUCCGUCAUCAAACCACUGAAUUGGAGAGAGCAGAGGUGGCAGGGCAUCGAGCCAACUACUUUGCCUAAUGUCGAGAGCCUUGCACGAACAAUGCGAUACCAAGCUCUGGGAUCUACUUGCAGAUACCUUCAGGUUCCCAGUCUCUUUUUCGCUCACCAUCAGGACGACCAGUAUGAGACUGUUCUGAUGCGGCUGCUCGCGGGCCACGGGUACAGAGGCUUGCAAGGCAUCCGUGAGGCCAACGCCAUUCCAGAGUGCUAUGAAUUGCAUCAUGUCUACAAGAGCGGCCUGCUUGAUAAUCAGAUGCAAAAAUUCCCCUUCCUAAGUUUCAAACCGCCGUCGCGUGAAAUGAAGCAGCUGCGUUUCAUUCUAAGGGACGACAAAAAGGCCGAAUCAUGGGAUCGGAUCAAGUCGUACUUCAACUUGGACGAUACGGCCACACGAUUCCCUGGACGUCUUUCGCGAGAAUUUGAUCCCAGCAUACCCUACUUGACUCCUCUGCAGAGCGAGGACGGCGGUGUCAUGAUAUAUCGACCGCUUAUGGAAUUUGACAAAGGCAGGCUCAUUGCAACCUGUGAGGCCAACGGCGUCCGCUGGUUCGAAGAUCGCACCAACGUAGACCCAACCCUCACAACCCGCAAUGCUAUUAGAAAGCUUACACGAUUUCACACGCUGCCCAAGGCCCUGCAGAAGCCAUCUGUUUUGGCACUUGCUCAUCGGUCGAGACAGAGGGCCCAGCUGGAAGAAGCCGAAGCCCAUAGGCUGCUGAUUCGCGAAAACGUCAUCAAAGAUUUUGAUCCCAAUGCGGGUACCUUACUGAUUGAUGUAUCUACCCUUUGGACGGAGCAGAUGCGUCAAACCAGAAGCCCGUUUGCCCAGACCAGAGAAGAAGCGCGCAAACAAGCACGCAAACGCUCUCGUCAACUGAUAGCCAGUAUAGCGAUCCGCAAGCUCAUUGCUUUCGUAACCCCAGAGCUCCAUCUACCACCCCUGGCCAACCUGGAAAACGCAGUAGACCGACUCUUGCCGCAUUUAUCGGAAACGCCCGAUCAAGUGCUGAUGAUGGAGCCAAGGGCCUUUUCAGUAGCGGGUGUACUUUUUGAGCCUGUGUUCAAAACGGAUUCAUUGACGUGGCUCUUGUCCAGAGCACCAUAUUCUUCGCAGCAGCCGCUACCAGAGCGAAAACUCCCGGGUUACCUAAACUACAGAGGAGGUAUUCUGAGAUUGGAUGCCGAUAGCGAUCAGCCAAGUCGGCACCGCCACUGGCGGGGGUGGAAAACAGCCAAGUUAUGGGACGGACGCUUCUGGAUACGGGUGAGCGCAUGCAUUGCAGCAAAAUUUCACGUGCUGCCGUUUCUUCCCUCUUCUGCGAAGCCGUUUCGAAUGGCCCUGCCUCCCAAAGAGCGUUCAAACUUUGAAAAAGUUCUCAAGCACUAUGCGCCGAGAAAAGUGCGAUAUUCGCUACCUGCUCUUUACAGCGUGGAAGAGUCAGGCGACGGCCAAGAUUCUAAGCAAAUCAUGACACUGCUAGCACUGCCGACCUUGGGAAUCCACGUGCCAGGUCUUGAGAGAUGGGUCAAGUAUGAGGCAAGAUACAAGAAUAUUGACAUUACUUUGCUCGGAUCUGCCAAGAAAAAUCAAAGGAGCAAAGCGUCGCUAUUGAGAUGUACCCGUCCUUUGGCCAGGAGACACAGCACGCUACCGCAGAGUCAAAGAAUACGGGGAGGCGGGCAAGCCAGAAAACCGCAUGGUGUAAAGGACGAUUUGACGAGCCUAUGA